AUGAACAUCACCAACACCGCUUGCGACGUCCCACCGCGCAGUCGCCAGGCAACCCAGAUCGGCGUCGGCUCGUCCUUCAUCGCCCUGACUACAAUAAUAAUGGGAUUGCGAAUGGCUGGGAGACCUCCAUUCUCUGCCGCUUUUGGGAUAGACGAUGUGGUUGGCUUCGUGACUUUUGUCACAGCGAUGGUGGACACGGCGAUUAUGAUUACAGGAGCGAGGCUGGGCUGGGGAAUAGACAUGUGGGCACUGACUCAGGCCCAAAUCAUCAGCCAGAUGAAGCUCUUCUACGUCGGCAUUAUUUUCUUCUAUUUCUCCGUUUCCAUCGCAAAGCUCGCCAUUCUCUUCUUCUACCUCCGCAUAUUCACCACCCGCACCUUCAAACGCGUCACCUACGGUCUAAUUGCCCUGUGCUCGGCCUACUCAGUCGCAGUCGUCUUUCAGAGCGCGUUCGACUGUACUCCAGCUUCGUAUUACUGGACGCGAUUUGACGGUGUUUCUGAAGGGACCUGUCUCGACUACGCUGCUUUCAAGGUCAUGCCGCCGCUGAAUAUUGCUCUGGAUGUGGUGGUUAUGCUCCUGCCGCUGCCAUUGCUGCUGAAACUGAAUCUGCCCCUCGCGAAGAAAAUUCGAGUGAUCAGCAUGUUUUCUGUUGGUAUUUUGAUUAUCAUCGCGGGCAUCCUGCGUCUGUCGCAUCUGUAUCACUCUAUCACGACGUAUAACAUUACUUACAACGGCGGCGAAAUCUCCUACUACGGCGUCAUCGAGGCAGAUGUCAGCGUGAUGUGUACCUGCAUGCCUGCCAUUGCAGCGUUGCUCAAGAGACUCCUACCAAGGUGGUUUGCUUCUUCGAGGGAAACAUAUCCGACUUACCAAACGGCACCGUCAACGCGAGGGACAUUCCGAUCAAGCACGAACCAUACGAAACCUGUCUCCGAGAGCGCGGAAGAUAUCAAUCUCAUUCCAGUAGUGCCAGAUGAUUCCCCGGUGCAGAGGCCGCAGAGGUGUCUCCGUCCGAGAUAG